GGGCGCUGUGGCGCUGUCCCCGCUGUCCCCGCGGGGCCCGGCCGGACAUGGCCCCGCGCGGCCGCCCCGCCGCCGCCGCCAUGCCCCGCAGGGGCGCCCGCAAACGCCUCAAAUUCCGCGCCGACGACGUGUGCUCCGAGCGGGUGACGGUGGCAGAUUAUGCCAACUCCGACCCAGCUAUCGUGAAGUCUGGACGGGUGAAGAAGGCUGUGGCCAACGCAGUGCAGCAGGAAGCAGGUAAACUUCUUUGCUGGGGGAGUAAAGUUGUGAUACGUCUGUCAAACGUGUGCUGCGAGGAAGCUGUUGCUGUUUUUUUGGUGAACUUUGCAAAGAAGGAGUUUUCCUGGAAAGUAAAAUCUCUGUGCGGUUUGGAAGCUUCCUGUGUCCCUACUGAGGAAGUUCUCUCUGUGUCAGGAGAGUCCUGUGACAGCAGUGAUGAGAUGGAUACCAAGGAGAGCAUCAACGGGAGGGCUGCCUCGAGGAAAAAGAAGAGCAAAAGGCACAAAGAAGAUGCCGAAGGGGGAGGAGGAGAGGAAUAUCCCAUCGACAUCUGGCUGCUCCUGGCUUCCUACAUCCGCCCUGAGGACAUCGUCCGGUUCUCUCUGAUCUGCAAGAAAGCCUGGACUGUCACUUGCACUGCUGCCUUUUGGACCAGGCUCUACAGAAGGCACUACAGCCUGGACGCGUACCUGCCCCUGCGCCUGCGCCCCGAGUCCAUGGAGAAGCUGCACUGCCUGCGCGCCUGCGUCAUCCGCUCCCUGUUCCACAUGUACGAGCCCUUCGCCGCCCGCCUCUCCAGGAACCCUGCCAUCCCAGACAGUACUCCCAGCACUUUAAAGAAUUCCAGAUGUCUGCUUUUCUGGUGCAAAAAGAUUGUAGGGAACAGACAAGAAGCAAUGUGGGAAUUCAACUUCAAGUUCAAAAAGCAGUCUCCCAGAUUUAAGAGCAAGUGUUGCAAAGGUCUCCAGCCCCCAAUCCAGUAUGAGGAAGUGCACACAAACCCAGAUCAGGAUUGCUGCCUGCUGCAGAUCACCACCUUCAACUUCAUCUUCGUGCCAAUUGUCAUGGGCAUGACCUUCACCUUGUUCUCCAUCUCGGUGAGCACGGAUAUGCGGCACCACCGCGUGCGCCUGGUGUUCCAGGACACACCCGUGCGCAACGGGAAGAAGCCACGCAUGGAGCAGGGGGUGCAGGUGGUACUGGACCCUGUGCACAGUGUCAGGCUCCUGGACUGGUGGCACCCACAGUACCCCUUCUCCCCAAAGGCUUAGUGCUCUCCUGAGGCUGCAGGAGCCCACAGGGGACUGAAUCUGGCAGGCUGAAGAGAAUUUCUAGGAACCAGGAAAUCCUAUUUUUAUUUCUGAAAUAAAUUCUGCAGUCUCCUUGCAA